GGCGUUUCCCCCAGACUUUCCCCUUAUGGGCCAAAACUCUGGGAGAAACAAAUCUUUGCGCGUGAUCAUAGAAAUAAAUACGCGUCGAUCGCGUCUUUCUUGUUGGGAGCUUCCCUUUCCUUCAUCAUUACGUUUCCGGUCCUUCUCCUAUCUUAUCGUCCCAUCGUCCUCAUCAAACAUCAGAAACCUUCCGAAAGAUGCGUCCCAUCCUCAAAGGCCUAGCCAUCCUCCUCCCCCUGCUAACCACGCUCUACCUCCUUCUCGACUCCCGUCUCGAGUCUUUCUAUAUCUUCAACCCUGAGCAGCUGCACGCCGUGUCUCUGGCCGCGAUUGAGAAACACGGCAAUGACACGGCUGCCGUGGUCAAGUAUAUAGUCGAGGAUCUGAGUACGAGGGAGGAGACGAAGCGCCAUGUGAAUUUGGACGAAGAGUGGGUGUUUAAUAAUGCCGGGGGUGCGAUGGGGGCCAUGUGGAUUUUGCAUGCGAGUGUGACGGAGUAUUUGAUUGUUUUUGGUUCUGCGACCGGCACCGAAGGCCACACCGGCCGCCACACAGCCGACGACUACUUUCACAUCCUCUCCGGCACCCAACUGGCCUAUGCCCCGGGCCCCGGUGUCUACACCCCUGAGGUCUACCCCGCGGGCAGCGUCCACCAUCUCAGGAGAGGAGACGUCAAGCAGUACAAGAUGGAGAGUGCGUGUUUUGCGCUCGAGUACGCGAGGGGCUGGAUUCCGCCGAUGUUGGGGUUUGGGUUCGCCGACACUUUCUCGAGCACGCUGGAUUUUCCGACGUUGUGGCGGACGGCGUAUAUUACGGGGAGGGAGAUGAUUGGGAAUUUGCUGGUGGGGAAGUUCUAGGUAAUGGGUGCGGUAUAGGGCCCCAUAGAGAGAGUUGAUAGACGUGGCGUAUCUGCAUUCAAGAGGGGGAACGUGGGUUCAUCACAACAAAUUAGAUCCCACAAGCUGUAUAGAGUACCGCCUCGUACCACGUCCGACUGAAGAACCCCAAGUACUUCCAAUCCAAGUUGGAAUACGUAUCUUGAGAAAUCUAAUUGGCUAUAUUCUAGUUGUGCCACUAGGGCACGGUGUUUUAAGGUUGGUUAUACCUGGACGGAGGCGCAGAAAGGGCCAAGUAGAAGGUCAAUAACCCCUUCGCGCACGGUCGUGUUCAGUCGGACGUGAAAAGAGGCAGUACAACACUGUAUUCAUUUAUACAUCGUCUAUA